AUGACAUUGGUUAUCAGAGAAAGAAGGCGUAAACAAGCUCUAAGCCUUUCCUUACCAAAAAAACAUCAAAUUCCAUCUUCUAAUAACUUCCCUAACAAAACCCAAAUGCCAUCUUUGUUUUCAUCACCAUCUUCUCAUCAUGGCAUAAGAAGCCUUCUAGAUCUUGAAAAAGUAGCAGUACUUGGUCAUGGAAAUGGUGGAAUAGUCUAUAAAGUUCAUCAUAAGAAAAACUACAAUUCCUUUUAUGCAUUGAAAGUUCUUCGCUUUGAUCAAAAUGGCAUUGGUUUUCGGCAGCCACCGACGCUAGAAGCUGAGAUUCUCAAAAGGGCUGACUCGCCUUAUAUUGUAAGGUGUCAUGCAGUUUUUUACAAUGGUGAUUGUAAUGGUGGUGGUGGUGAUCUUAGCUUUGUUAUGGAGUAUAUGGAAGGAGGUUCAUUGUAUGAUAUAUUGCAGCAACAUCAUAGACUUCCUGAGGAAGUUAUUUGUGUUUUGGCCAAGAGUGUUUUAGAAGGCCUAAACUAUUUACAUGGUAUGAACAUUGUUCAUAGAGAUAUUAAGCCUUCAAAUUUGCUUGUAAAUGAAAAAGGGGAGGUGAAAAUAGCAGAUUUUGGAGUGAGUCAUGUAGUAGAAGGGAGGUUUAAAGGGAAUGAUAUGAAUGCAGAAGGUACAUGUGCUUAUAUGAGUCCAGAAAGAUUUGAUCUUGAAAGAUGGGGUGGUGAAAAUGCUGAUGAAUUUGUAGGUGAUGUUUGGUCAUUAGGUGUUGUCAUGUUGGAAUGUCUUUUGGGUCAUUUUCCUUUUUUUGGUCCACAACAGAGACCUGAUUGGGCUACUUUGAUGUGUGCAAUUUGUUUUGGUGAGAAGCUUGAGAUGCCUGAGAAAGCCUCACAAGAGUUUCAAAGUUUUGUUAACAAGUGUCUUGAGAAGGAUUGGAAAAAGAGAGGGACAGUUUUGGAGCUUCUGAAUCACCCUUUUGUGAAAAGAAACUCUUGUUCUAAGAAAGGGAUGGAGGAUUAUGUUCUAUGUGGGUGAAGUUCACUAGAUUUUGGUUUUUGUUUUGUUCUUGUUUUCCAAAUUUUUGAGAGGUUUUUUAACUUGGUACUCUUCGGCUUUUAUUAUUUUUAAACCAUAAUAAAAGAUUUUUUGAGUUGGAUUUUUGAAGGGAGAGAUAAAUAUUUUCUGGUUUGGCUACUAAAGUGUUUAUGGCUUGAGUUGAGUUAUUCACUCAAAUAAGGUAGCAAAGAAGGUUCACAUUUUGAUGGAGGAUUCCAAAUUUGCAUUGGCAUGUUGCUGUAUGAAUGACAGUUGAUGUGUUCCUAAUAUUAUAUCUGCUCCAUGUUGGUUGAGUUAUAUUAAUUCACUUUUCCAGCAGACAUUUUCUUGAAAUAUCGAUAUCAACUUGCUCAUGUGAUCUUUCAAGGUUUAGUUGAGGGAUGAAAUGGAAUAAAUAGAUGCCUUGAAAGUUGAGAAUUGGGAAAUGGGUUUGA